UUCAAUAUCAAUAAGCUUUUGGCUGUCUAUAGGUUGCUUGUUCUCGUUCUGAUUUCACCAUGUUUAUAACAUUCAUAUGGCAUGAAGAGCUCAUAUUUAUUUUUCAUGUACCACAAGAAAAUUAGCAAUGUUACUUUGCAAUGAACAUCCGGGAUAUCUAAUUUCCUCAUCAAUGUCGAGUCGGUAAAAUGGCGGUGCAGUGUGACGGGGGAGGCAAGGAUGAACUGAAGACUCAGUUUAUGACUCGAGAAGGAGUGUAUAAAUUAAUGACUCUGUCCGAAUACUCAAGACCUAAUAGAGUUGGCUUCAAUGCUCAAGCUAAUACACCUGUGAAAGUCUCAUUUGUAACUAUGCCUGACCCAUCCGGCAACGGCGAUCGCAUUUGCUUUAACGUGGGGCGCGAACUCUAUGUUUACAUGUAUAAAGGAGUUAAAAAGGCAGCCGAUUUGACAAAACCUGUUGAUAAACGUGUAUAUAAAGGAACAUACCCUACAUGCCAUGAUUUUAAUCAAUGUACUGUUACAAAUGAAGGGGUGUCCCUUCUAGUAGGAUUUUCUGCGGGUCAAAUUCAGUUAAUAGAUCCUAUUAAGAAGGAACUUAGCAAACUAUACAAUGAAGAGAGGCUUAUAGAUAAAACAAAAGUGACCUGUCUGAAAUGGGUUCCAGGUUCUCAAAACCUUUUUCUAGUAUCCCAUAGUAGUGGACAAAUGUAUGUGUAUAAAGAAGAUUUACCCUGUGGCAAUACUCCUCCACAUUAUCAACUUUUUAAACAAGGGGAAGGAUUUGCAGUGUAUACUUGUAAGACUAAAAGUACAAGAAACCCACUGUAUAGGUGGGUUAUAGGCUUUGGUGCUUUAAAUGAAUUCUCAUUCUCUCCAUGUUCAAAAUACCUAGCUACUGUGAGUCAAGACGGCUUCUUAAGAAUUUUCAAUUAUGAUACAAUGGAUCUUGUUGGAAUUGUAAGAAGCUUUUUUGGUGGGCUUCUGUGUGUAUGUUGGAGUCCAGAUGGUAAAUAUGUUGUGACUGGAGGAGAAGAUGACCUCGUAACUGUCUGGUCAUUUCAAGAAAAAAGAGUUGUUGCACGUGGCCAUGGCCAUAAAUCAUGGGUCAGUGUUGUUGCAUUUGAUGCAUUUACAUACACAGACUCUGAUGGACUUGAUUUAAGUGGUAGUGAAGAAGAAUUAAAUCAGCCUUUAUCUUCUGACAAUGUAAGUGAAUCUUCAAAAGGCUUAGCUUCUGGGAGCAAAACUAGCUCUGGUAGCUUGCUUAAUCCUGUAUGUGCGAGAAAUUCAUUAUCCGGUAGUAGGUCUUUAAAUAUUACUUCUUAUAGGUUUGGUUCUGUAGGACAAGACACUCAGUUAUGCUUAUGGGACUUAACUGAAGAUGUUUUAAAGCAGCCUAUAGGCAGGACUAGAACUAGUAUGUUGCUCAAUAGUCCAAGUAUGCAUCUUCCCACGCUUAGUAAAUGCAAUAGUGUUGGAAAUGCACAAGCAAACUGCUGUCCAAAAGAAGCUUUAUUAAUGGAUGGAAAUCUUGUGUUGCCAAGUUUAAGUAUAGGUAGCAAAAGUGCAACAUUAGAAAAAGAAAAAAAAACUGAAAAAGAACAUAAAAGAAACUUUAGCCUUGCUUCAAGAAAUGCUGAUAAAAAUAGCCUUAAUAAAUCCAACCAAAAUAAAGUGUUGGAUGAUCCUGUGAAAUUAAUUGGAACUUCAAUUUGUCCUCGAAGAGAUGAAGUCUCUAUGCUUGAACCUCUUAUAUGCAAGAAAAUAGCACAUGAAAGGUUAACUGCAUUGGUUUUCAGGGAGGACUGUUUUGUUAUUGCCUGCCAAGAAGGUUUUGUCUGUACUUGGGCAAGACCUGGCAAAGGUAUUCUUGCUCAACAUGUGUCUAGCCCAAAUUCUAGUAAUCCAAGUGGUGGAACUGUUGUUUAACAUCAGAAAAUGUAUAAAUUGCCAAUCAUUAGGUGAACUUUUACAGAUCACACUGAAUGUUUCCUAUGCAGCAGCUGGAUUUUUUGCUUUACUGCUGCUCCUAUUACUAGUCCCAGUGAAAUAAAAAAUAAAAUCAAAACAGCUAAUUUAUGAAACUUGCUUCUUUUGAGGCAUAAAUUGCUAAAAAUGUUUUCAACUUCACAAUUUCAGCUCUAAUUAAAGCAGUUAUAAAAAUAACAUUAGUUCCUGUGAUUAUGUGUGUGGGAAUAUUAUUCACACUAUAACUAUUCCCAUAAUUUAAAUUUCAACUAAAAUUACAAAUGUGCAAUUAAAUUUUUAUUUUUGUUACCUAAAUAUCAGAUAUGUUCUAAUUUUCUAGAAAAAGAUUUUAUAAAUUCAAUGCAUAAUUGAAGCAUUAUUAAGAUGCAGUAAAUUUAUUGUUUCUGUUUU